AUGAUGCGCCUCUUCAACCGAUUCUACGCCCUCUGCGCCGUCGCUGCAUGCACAAUCCUCUACUCGGCGUGGUUCUUGACUUCUCGUAAUCUCGGUGAUAUUGUCCCGCUCGCGUCAGACAAAUUUGAGACGGUGUCCGACUUUGAUCGGCGAUUGGUUGUUUUUGGCGACUCAUGGAGUGAUAAUGAGACAGAGGAGCGGCAAGGGAAGGUCUGGACUGAUUGGCUUUGUGAGAAGUUCUCGUGUCACCAGGAGAACCUCGCCAAGACAGCCAACUCCGUACUUAGGGGCAAAUACGCCGGCUCAGUAGUCGACAAUUCCGAACUAGACGUACUAGGCCGUCUGUCUCAGACAAAGCUCGACGACUUCAAGACCCAGCUUCAGCACUGGCUCGACGCCGAACAAAAGAGCCUCCAAGGUCUCACCGCUGACGAAGUCAAGUCCCGCCAGGACCGCACCAUCUUCGUCGUCUCCUUUGGUCUCUGGGACAUUUGGUCCCUCGUCACUAAGGACUAUGACACCGCUGCUGCCUCCAUCGAGCGCCGCAUCCAGACCAUUAUGGACCAGCUGAGCAAACUCUCCGACACCUGGGGCUCCGAUGAAGUGAAGGUGAUUCUGACACAGUCGCCCGACGUGACGUUCCUACCGGCAUUUUCGCCCGCCUUCACUACGCAGGGCGUGGAGUACAAGAAUGCAGUUAAGAUGCUAGGCUAUUGGAACCAGAAGCUACGGGAGGCCGCGAAGCCAUGGGAAAAAGGAACAAUUUACUUGUUCGACACGGAUGCUUUCCUGCUGGAUCGGAUUCGCGAUUGGCAGCUCUAUGCAGCAGGCAUCACGGCCGAAAGUGGAUUGGGCACGAACGAGGAUCCCGGGUGGGAAAAUGUAGCUGACGCCUGCGUCGAAUCACCGGGUUCGUUCCAGGUCAUGAUGUCAAAGGACAAGGAUAAGAAACAGUGUGAACACCCAGAGAAGUAUCUGUUCUGGAACGAAAUGAGUUUGGGUCCAUCUGCCCACCGACUUAUGGCGGCGGAAGUCUACCAAGGGAUUGACGGGGUUCUCUUGAAUCCCAAACAGUUGACAAGGCGCCACACCCGAGGCUCUGCAGCUUAG